CACCUCCAUAUACUGGUGGCUUAAUAAUGCUCGACUUUCGAGCUUGAACAAGGACUCGAAUCUUGAGUCACAGUCAGCUCAUUUGUCAGUUCUACUCGUAGUUAGCUUUUAUCAGAUGCAGUCUAUUUAAAGCUCAUUCGUUAGUGUGUAUUGUUUAUCGAUCGACUGAUUGAAAUUAUCCAUAGUGCAUUUAAUGUGAAUAUUUUUCGAGUUUGUUUUUUCUUUUCGCUAUAGUGAAGCUAGGCUGUGGCGAGUUUUGAUCAUGUCAAGUUACUUGGCGUCGUAUUAUAAUUUAUCGGACCGAAUCCUUAAUUUAGAAAAGCAAAUAUUAGAACGAGAGCACGAAAUGUGCGCGACUGAAGCAAAAAUAUUUUACGAAGAUCUUAUAUCUGUUCACGAGAAAUUGGUAGAACAUGAAAACGAAUACCAUACAACAACUAGCAAUCGCUAUUCAUCAACGAGCUCCUUAAGCAAGUAUAUGCGCGAGACCCAUUCGAAGACGACAAACCUUAAAAUAAAAUUGGCGAAAAUGUUAUCAUCUUUCGAAUCAAAACCACCAGCAGGAGCCCAGGUAGGCGAUCAAUCCCAUCCAGCAAAACAGUCCGAAACCGAGAAAAAUGCAGACUUACAAAUCCGAAAACAACGUUCUCUAAUCGAGCGAAUCGAAUCGCUGGAAAUACUCGAAGAUAUUAAUUGUGCAAUAAAAGCAGAAGUACUUUACAGUCAUCUUUCUCAACUUUAUGACUCGUUUACCUCAAAUCAAAUCCAGAUCGAAGCAGGCACCGACGACGAUACCCUUCUCGAUAAUCAACGAAAAAUUACCAGAGAAAUCCAACAAAAAGUAAUUGAUUUUCAAACGAAGCUGAAAAAAAUCAUGCAACCGAUCGCAUCAACUUCAUCUACUGAAUCCAACAUCAAUAUCGAUCAUUCAAUUCAGCCAACACCGAUCGACACCAGAGCCAAUUUAGACUCGUUAUUCCAAAAGCGAGAAUCAUUAAUUAAACGAAUAUCUUUGUUGGAACCUAAAGAAGAUCUUAGUCCAGAAAAAGCUGAAGCAAUGUACAAUCAUCUCGAUUCCCUCUACGAGUCUUUCAAUUCGAAUCAAACUGAAAUCGAAUCACGAGUCAGCGGCCCAAUACUUGCUAGCCAGUUGAGAAUUUCUGAGCAAAUUCAAAACAAGAUGAUCGAACUUCGAGCAAAGUUGAAACAAAUUUUCGCACCGAUUAAACUUUCAUCUUCGUCGACACAAUCCGAGGCAUUACAAUCUGAGCAAAUUAAGUUAUCGGAAUUCGAAGGUAGCCUUCGAUCUAUUGAACUCAAAUUGACUAAUCUUAUGGACUUCUUGGAAUCGCGGUCAAGUGGAGAUGAAACUGAGAGUCAUAUCAACGACAUGUACACCUAUCUUGAAGACAACUCGGAAUUAUCUAAAGAUAUUCUCACGAAGAUUGUUUCUCUUCAAACAACAUUGAAUGAAUCCAUCAACGCUAACAAACAUCAUGAAAAAAACGCUCUAGAUAAGCUGGGAAGAAUUUUGGAUUUUAACGGACGUUUCGAACAAGAUUAUAAAGCCAAGACGUUACCAUCUUUAUCGAAAUCGGAAAGUAAUCUUCGAGCGAUAGAACUCAAAUUGUCUGAACUCAUCACUUCGUGCAAAGAGUUACCGCAAUUGCGUUCGGAUGGACACGAAACCAGGAAAAAUACCACUAAUUGUAAGAUCUGCAGCUCUCUAGAUGAUCAUUUAAUCAUAUCUAAGGAUAUUCAAAUACAACUGUAUAAUUCUUUAGCCGCUGACAGUAACCGUAUAGAGCGGGCAAAUAGCGGUUUUAAAAAGGAAAAAAUUGGCACAUACAUUUUUUCUUCGGGAAUGUGUUCAGAUGGACCCUCUGAACCACCAAAAAAAAGCCGACUCUCCUACCCCCGGAGGAAAAUUUUUUAGGGGGCUGAAACCGGUUCCGAUUUACGUUUUUUGCGUUUUACUCCGUAAAUAUUAGGUUUUUGAGAGAAACUACCACGACAAAAAAUGUUCCCCUUCAAAUUCUCGACAAUUUGAUACUACGCUCGAUACCCAUUCCUCAAGAGGGGGUGUCCAAAAAAGGGGUGGAAAGAGUAGGUGUUUCAAAAAAGGUCAGUCCAAUAAAUUGAUCAAAAUUACCACUUAAAAUCAUUCGUUUUCGCUAAAAAUUUUUUUACAAAGUCUACUCACCCAACUACUAAUCAAACUACCAUUGGUUUGACUUCAACCCUCCUGGGGGGCUCGUGAGGGUUGCUUGAUUUUUCAAGUAACACACUACUGAAUCAUAUAUUUGAAAAACAAAUCUGGACGUGCGAUAUAUCGAAUAGUAUGUUUUCGAAGUCGCUGAAUACGAAUAUGAACUUAUUUUUUGAAUACAACCCCUGAAAGCCCCGUCUGUGCCCCAAAAUGGGGGUCAAAAUUUUGAAAAAUCGUGAAAAGUCGAGUGAUAUAUCGACUUGUAGGUAUGUUUUUGAGACACUAAACUGGAAUAUGCACUUUUUUCCUGCUCUACUUACCAUUCCUCAGAAUCCCCUUACGCCCCCUAAAUAGGAUAGAAUUUUUACUUGAUAAAGCUAGAAAGCUGUUUUGGUAUGUAUUCCAUUUUCGAUUCCCUAAAUCGACUGAAAACACUUUCAAGUCAUUUCGAGUCGUUCUGGAGCCUCCAGCUGAUUUUUGUAAAUUUUUGGUUGCAUUUUGUGGAAAUUUCAACUUCCAGAUAUCUGUAAGAGACUCCAGAAGUGCUCAAAUAACUCUAAAACGUCUGCUUGGUUACGAGAAAUUUUAAUUUUUUUAAAUAAUUAUUUUGCAACAAUUUAAAAAGUUUACCAAAAAUCAAAAAAUGGACUUGAAAUGCCUAGAAUUGAAAUUUUUGCUGUUGGGUAUUUUUGCAUGUUCUUUAGUUUUGGUUUACGUACUUGGUUUUGUUCAAAAAUUUUCCUGCUGGUUGGAAUCUCUCUCUCCUUCUAAGUUCUCUCCACAUUAAAGUUUCAAUGAAUGAUUAUUACCAUCUUCAGACCCUCAUUUUGGAGCACAGAAGGGCUUUGAGGGGUUGUAGGCAAAAAAUAAGUUCAUAUUCGUACUCAGCGAUUUCGAAAACAUACCAUUCAAUAUGUCACUCGACUUUUUACAUUUUUUCAAAAUUUUGGCCUUUUUUGGGGCGGUUGGGAGCUGUAAGGGGUUGGGCCCAAAAAAUAUGGCCAUAUUCGUGCUCAGUGACUUCGAAAACAUUCAAGUCCAUAUAUCACUCGACUUUUCACGUUUUUUCAAAAUUUUCACCCUCAUUUUGGGGCACAGAGAGACAUUGGGGGGUGGGACCCAAAAAAUAAGUUCAUAUUCGCACUCGGCGACCUCAAAAACGUACCAUUCGAUAUAUCACUCGACUUUUCACGAUUUUUCAAAAUUUUGACCCCCAUUUUGGGGCACAGACGGGGCUUUCAGGGGUUGUAUUCAAAAAAUAAGUUCAUAUUCGUAUUCAGCGACCUCGAAAACAUACUAUUCGAUAUAUCGCACGUCCAGAUUUGUUUUUCAAAUAUAUGAUUCAGUAGUGUGUUACUUGAAAAAUCAAGCAACCCUCACGAGCCCCUCAGAAGGGUUGAAGUCAAACCAAUGGUAGUUUGAUUAGUAGUUGGGUGAGUAGACUUUGUAAAAAAAAUUUUAGCGAAAACGAAUGAUUUUAAGUGGUAAUUUUGAUCAAUUUAUUGGACUGACCUUUUUUGAAACACCUACUCUUUCCACCCCUUUUUUGGACACCCCCCUUGAGGAAUGGGUAUCGAGCGUAGUAUCAAAUUGUCGAGAAUUUGAAGGGGAACAUUUUUUGUCAUGGUAGUUUCUCUCAAAAACCUAAUAUUUACGGAGUAAAACGCAAAAAACGUAAAUCGGAACCGGUUUCAGCCCCCUAAAAAAUUUUCCUCCGGGGGUAGGAGAGUCGGCUUUUUUUUGGUGGUUCAGAGGGUCCAUCUGAACACAUUCCCGAAGAAAAAAUUUAUGUGCCAAUUUUUUCCUUUUUGCCCCUGCUUUUUUACGUUAUUUUCCCGCUCUAGUAAUGCUAUUCUGAAUAAUAUUCUAACGAAAGUAAACCAAAGCACUGCACAACAAAAGCCCUCAGAUCAACUGUUUAGGAAUAUUUUAUCGAGGUAUGGAUCGUAUGGUAGCUCAUUUGAUCCAUCAAAUAAUUAUUUGCGCACAGGACAAUAUCAAAAUUUUAAUUAGGUAUACCUAGAUCUGAAUUCAUGCUACAACCCUAUAUUCCACUGGAUUUUUAUGCCCUCUAACAUAAUACGUAAAAUAUUAUACUUCACCUCUAAUUUUUAAGAAUAACUAUAAGUAAGUAUAGACAUGGUUUGUGAUUAAUUUGUGCAAUUUGUUGUAUCAAAAAUGUGAAUAUUACAUACCUGUAUUUAAAACUGAA